GUUUUGAGGUCGUAACGCCGUAUGCAUUUAAACGUCAAAACAGUGCUUGUCAGAUGACUGGUUUUAUUUAUUUAUAACUUUGUGAUGCAAUUCUGAUAAAAGUACGAUUUUUACAAUGAUUUAUAAUCAUUUGAAAAAUGUUUUAUUUACAAAAUCACCGUAUCCAUUAAUAAGCUCAAAACGUAAUCUUUUCGAAUGGUUAAACAUUAUUUUUAAUGCUGUUGAUAAUAGUAGAAUUAAAGAAAUUGGACCAGACCGUGCUUGCGCUGAAUGGUUAAUACGAAAUGGUGCUUCUGUAAAAUGGGUUGGCGUAAAAGAGUUAUUUUCAGAUUAUAACUCUUUAUCGCAUCAAGAAGAUAGUGUUCGGGCAUGUCUUGAAGAAAUUCAUGCAACAAAUGCCAGUUUACGCUACAAUGGAUUCGGCUAUUUUAAAGAUUUAACACAUUUAAAGAAAAUAGUAUUCAAAGAUUGUCAAUUAAUCGAUGACCGAAUUUUCCCAUAUUUGGAACAUGUUAAAAACUCGUUACAAGAUCUUCAUUUAAUUAGUUGUCAUAGUAUUACAGACGAUGGUAUUCUUAAAUGUACUAAUUUAACGAAUCUAAAAAGUUUGUAUUUACAUGAUUUACAAGGAAUGAAAUUCAAAGAUAAAAUUUUAACAGAAUUUCAAACUAAAUUACCAAAAUGCGCUGUUGAUAUUAAAUAGUAAUGUCAAAUUGACUUGCUCACAAAGUUUAUAUUUUCUAAUCGCAAUUCAAAAUAAAUAGUUUUCUAGCUAGUGUUCAAGCUUUGAAUUAUUGACUGCAUAGUAACUUGCUUAACUAAAGCAAAUUCUUGACAGAAGGGCGCAUAAAUGAUUAAAUAUGUAAAAUA